UUUACCUUAUAUUCUUUGUUGUAAUUAAUUCUAUUGAAUACUUUUAGUCCAAUUGUUAGUAAAUUAGUCCCGGCUUCAUUACCCAAUGUCCACUACCAAUUAAUCUUUCGACAAGGUCGGGGUGAACCAAAUGAAGAUAUAAUAGACUACAAAUUCACCUCUUAUGACAUUGUCGCUCUUGUCUGCUGUUCAUUUGUAGGUGCUUGGUAUCUGUUUCAAAAGCAUUGGGUUGCUAACAACCUGUUUGGUUUAGCAUUUGCUAUUAAUGCGGUGGAACUGUUACAUUUAAAUAAUGUGAUAACCGGUUGUAUUUUACUACUUGGUCUUUUUAUUUACGAUAUAUUUUGGGUUUUUGGGACAGAUGUCAUGGUAACUGUUGCCAAAAGCUUUGAAGCCCCUAUUAAACUUGUCUUUCCGCAAGACCUCCUGACACAUGGUCUCGCUGCCAAUAAUUUUGCAAUGUUAGGACUCGGAGACAUAGUUGUUCCUGGAAUUUUUAUUGCUCUUCUGUUACGUUUCGAUCAAAGCCUAAAACGUAAAUCCAACUUGUAUUUUCAUGCAACAUUUGUAGCAUACUUUUUGGGUCUUAUGGCUACUAUUUUUGUUAUGCACAUGUUUAAACAUGCUCAACCUGCACUCUUGUACUUAGUUCCAGCCUGUUUAGGAACUCCAUUAAUUGUAGCACUUAUUAAAGGUGAUAUAAAGGCCCUAUUAAAGUAUGAAGACGCUGAUAAUCACAAGGAAGAAAAACAGGAGGAAAAGAAACAGACUGAAGCAAAGAAGGUUAAAUAAGUAAAUUGUAUGUAAUAUGUUGUGAACAAAGGUUCUCAUAAAGUCUUUCCAUUUCACCACUUCUACAGUGUAAACUACCAUACAUAAAUGGUAGUAGUUGCACAAAUUAUCGUGGAUUUUUCACGUAAAUGUUCAGAUAAAUAAAUUAUGUUUCUGUUGUUUUG